GAGAGGCCCGCCGGUAGGGACCGCGAGCUGGCGCCAGGGGCCGCAGGGUCGGAGCGUGGCUUUGAAGCCGAGUCCGCUACCACCAUGAGCGGCCGAAGUAGGGGUAGAAAGUCCUCCCGCGCCAAGAGCCGGGGCAAAGGCCGCGCCAAAGGCCGAGUCCGCGCUGCUCCUGAUGACGCCCCACGCGACCCGGACCCUCCACAGUGCCAGAGGCUCGGGGAGGAGACCAAGGCGGCACAGGUGCAGGCUGGCGCGGGUUGGGGUGGCCUGGAAACCGCUGCGCCCGCGCCGCCCCGCCGGCCCGGGGAAGAGGACGCCUGUCGGCUCCCCCUGGACUGUGGCCUCGCGCUCCGGGCCCGGGCUGCGGGGGAUCGCGGGCAGGCCGCGACCAGGCCCGGCCAGGGGAAGGCCGCAUCCCUCUCGGAGCGUCUGACGACAGACACCGUCUUCGUAGGAACCGUGGGAACCGUGGGAAGACCGAAAAAUGGCCCCCGCGUUGGAAAUCGGCGCGGCCCGGCUGGGAAGAAGGCCUCAGAUACCUGUAGCGCAGCGGGGAGGGUGCCUUCGGCCGUAGCCGGUGGGAAGCCGAAGAAAGGGACUGCUGGGGAGUCUGCCUCCGUUCCAGUGGUAGAGGAAAAGAAGGUGGAGAAGGAUGCAGGGUCGGGGCCUCCAGCGACAGAAGGCAGCAUGGAUACGCUGGAGAACGUCCAGUUGAAGCUGGAGACCAUGAACGCCCAGGCGGACAGGGCCUACCUGCGGCUCUCUCGCAAGUUUGGCCAGUUGCGCCUGCAUCAUUUAGAGCGCCGGAACCUCCUCAUCCAGAACAUCCCGGGCUUCUGGGGGCAGGCGUUUCAGAACCACCCCCAGCUCUCAUCCUUUCUGAACAACCAAGAUAAAGAGGUACUCGGCUACUUGAAUAGCUUGGAGGUGGAAGAGCUCGGCCUCGCCAGAUUGGGCUACAAAAUCAAGUUCUACUUUGGGCGCAACCCCUAUUUCCAAAAUAAGGUGCUCAUCAAGGAAUACGGGUGUGGUCCAUCCGGUCAGGUGGUGUCUCGUUCAACUCCAAUCCAGUGGCUCCCAGGGCAUGAUCUCCAGACCCUAAGUCAGGGCAACCCAGACAACAGCCGGAGCUUCUUUGGGUGGUUUUCCAACCACAGCUCCAUUGAGUCUGACAAGAUUGUGGAGAUAAUCAACGAGGAAUUGUGGCCCAAUCCUCUGCAGUACUACCUGAUGAGUGAAGGGGCCCGUGCAGAGAAAGGAAAGGAGGGCCGGCCAGGUCCAACAAGGCAGCCAGUGGAGACCCCUGAGCCUGGGGUCAACAAAUCCAACUGAGCCUGCACAAGUCUCCCUCCUACCUCCUGCUGGACCCGUGCCUGGCUGACCACAUGUGUUUGGCUGUCUGCCAUCUCUUCGUGUUGGCCUCUGUGCACUGUAUUCGCUUUGGACUUCUGUUACAAGAAUAUGGCAUUUAUGAUCAUGUUCUGUUGCCUCCCCAUGACGUUCUUUCUUUUUCCAUUAGUGCUACACGUUAUGUGAUCUCACCCCUUCUGUUCAUAUGUUAAACACACUUGAUUCAGAUGUGUGCUGCCUUUAUCUACAUUGCCUGGACCCUGUUCUUGGCUCUGGCCUUUCCCACUUGUCUUUAACAUGGACACUCAUGAGUCAUCCAACAGGAGGACCAGUGCAUCCUCAAGCUCUGCUACUUCAGGGCCCAUGACUUGCUGGGCUUCGUGUUCACGCUGGCCAUGCAUGCCAUCCAUGGCAAGCUUUUCUAUUGCCCACUGCAAAAUGAAGCUAGGGCACAUGGUAUUGGCUCCCAGCCAAAACUGAUUGUUCUUUGGCUCUGGGGUCACCAGCCAGGGUGCCAUCCACAGGAUCUCUGGCUUUGGCCAAGGGGCCCAUGCGGCCCUCCUGGACAUGGAUGAGGUUAAGGGUCCGAAGCGGUAUGCGGUGUGUUCUGUACCAUCAAGCGUCUCUUCCUGCCUCUGGGCCUUUCUUCUGGUGGAACCUCGCUCAAGGUCUGCACCAUGCCUCAUUACUAGCAGGCCAUUGAGUUUUGUCUAGGUUGCUUUCGGCCCCACUUGGUUUCCUGGUCAACAAGGACCUCAAGAACUGCCUGUGGACCCAGAUCUGCUGCCGGCGCAUGAGGCACUUCCCCUCCCCUCCAGCCUUCUAAGAACCCUACUGGCUCCGAGACUGAUGGGCGGGCUGGUAUGUGUGGACAUGUGCUCACUGAAAAUCAAGCUGCGGUUCCAGUUGAGGACAUGCGCAGAAGUGGAGAGGAUGGUCCGUGGACCCCACGUGCCCGUCACCCGGCUACAUCAAUUUUAUCAAUUAUGAUAACCUGGUUUCAUCUGUAUUUCCCUCUCCCCGCCUAUAUUGUUUAUUGAAAGUCCAAGACACUGUGCCAGUUCAACCAGGACUGCUUUGGGAGAUUGGGACACUCUUUUGGUGGUGACAGUGGUGGGGUGCACUGCCAUUAUCAUAUCAGGUCUGCUUUUUGCUUUUCAUGUUAAACUAAUGAAGUUCCAGAGAUGAGCCUUAGAAACGAAAGUCUUCAGAAUUAACAUGAAGUCUCAAAAAGUGAUGACAGGGAUGCUGCCUUUUCCUGCAUCCACAAAAGGAGAGACUGUUGUAAACUCUUUCAGAGACCUCGCGGUCUUUGAUCAGGUGCUCACCCGAGGCACCAGAGUAUCAGUCUUUUUUCCUGUGUAAGACGAGGCUUGUGUGACUAUUAGAAUUGUUAUCAGCUCGUCCUGGUAUCAUAAAGUAACUCUGGGCUUGGAACUAUAAUUUGGAAAUUGUUGUUGUGUUCUGUAAAAAUAAGCUCCCCAAAGUAAUCAAUCAGUAACUGGUUGUCUGUCUUGGUAAUUUGACACCCUGGUAAUAAUGCAAUUAUUUCUUUGUUCCGAAACAGUAUAAAUAGUUGUAAGCCUGCAUGCGUGACGGAAAAAUAAAAGCCUGUAUCUCUGUUA